CGGCGCCAUCCCCAUGCAGAGAGCCAUGGAUUCGAACCUCUGUCCGCCGUCCCCACUGCUCGUGCGGGUGUCGCAUCCCGGCACCCGCCUAACAUGGAAGCUGGAAAAGUACUUCCAGAGCCGGGAUUCGGGCGGCGGGGAGUGCACCGUGCAGGCCCUGGAUCGCAACGACCCCAACUCGAACACCUUUCGGGUGCAGUUCGUGCAAAGGACAAGUAAGGAGGGAGUGUUGAAGAAAGGAAAGCACCAAAUUUUUGUUGACAACAAACCUGUGACUAUUUUCCUGGAACCCAAUGAAAAUGCAGUAGAGAAGAACACCAGGAUGUCUUCUUUGACACAGUCACGAAAAGGGGUGAGGCCUGGUGAGAAGCAUCCAAAUGAAAAGGACAUUUCUAGCGCUGUGGAUUCCUGUGUCCAGAAGAUCUUUCUUACUGUCACAGCUGAACUGAACUGUCACCUGUUGUCUAAAGAGCACAGGGAACACAUUGCCAUUCUCUGCCCCAAUGUCGAACGAGUGAAGGGCCGUGAAGGAAUUGAGGAAGUGCACGGUGACUUCAGAGAUAUUGAAAAAAUACAUGGCUUCUUGAGUGAACAACUCCUGGAAAAGGAGCAGAAACGAGAAUCUUCCCCUUUGACAACAGAGAGGGAGCCACUCCAUCAGCAGGACGGGAACAGCUGUGUUUCUCCCUCUGAACCAAAAACCAGGUUGGAAGAAAAAAGCAACCGUUUUGAAGUUCCCUUGGCUUUCUUUGAAUACUUCACAUACACCUGCCCUGAUAAAAUAUGCUCAAUAGAGAAAAUAUUAGGUACAAAAAUAAAAACUCAGAAGAGUUCUCCAAAUAUGGUCUAUUUAGACUUUACCUCAAGUCAAUCAGGUAACCUCGAAGCAGCUCGCAAUUCUUUUGUCGGAGAAUUUCAGAAGAGUGUGGAGACUCUGAAGCAGGAAUGUGUUGCUCUGGCAGACAGUAAGCAGGCACACAAAAUCAAACAGGAAUUAAAUGACCAGUUUACAAAGCUCCUCAUAAAGGAGGAAGGAGGAGAAUUAACUCUCCUUGGGACCGCAUAUGACAUUUCAGCUGCCAAACAUUUUCUUGCCUCAGAAAUCUCUGGAAGUCUUGUCAAGGCACCUGUGAAAAUAUUGACUCCCAAGCACAUGAUGAAUGGAAUUGAGGUUGACACUGCUCCCUAUAAGCUUUUAGAAGCAGAGUUACUCCAGGAGAUAUCACAGAUAGAAAAAAAGUACGACACUCAAAGUAAGGUUUUGGGAACAAGUCAGAAAACCUGCAUUCUAUUUGAACCUAAAAACAAGGAGUUAGAUCUAUCUGUGCAUGCUUAUUCAAGUUUCAUCGAUGCCUAUCAGCAUGUCUCAUGUCAGAUUAUGAGAGAAGUUCUUUUGCUGAAACUUUCGGGCAAGGAGAGAAAGCACUUACAUGGGACCAAGUUCUCUGAUGACUUUCGAAAAAGGCAUCCAGGUAUAGACUUUGUGCUAAAUCAAGAGUCAAUCACUUUGAUUGGGUUGCCAAAUCACCUUACAAAGGCAAAACAAUAUGUCUUAAACAGAGGGGGAAUGUCUCCAUUAGCUAGAGAGAAAUGCAAUGAAGCACCCACGGACACUGAUAGUAAUGAUUCAAAAACAGCUUCACCAACACUGCAGCGCUCUGCCAGUUCUGAGGUGUCAGAAGUGGACAAGGAAAAGGGCAUAUGUACCAUCUGUUUGAACACCAUUAGUAACAGACAAGUGCUCUCAAAGUGCAAACAUGAUUUCUGCAGCCCUUGUAUCAACAAAGCCUUGUCAUAUAAGCCAGUCUGUCCUAUAUGUCAGACUUCCUAUGGUGUCCAGAAAGGGAAUCAGCCAGAUGGAAACAUGAGUGUCAUUUUCGAAAGAGACUCACUUCCAGGUUAUGAAUCCUGUGGCACCAUUGUGAUUACUUACAGUAUUAAAGAAGGCAUACAAACAAAAAAGCACCCAAACCCCGGAAAGAAAUUUUCUGGAAUAUGUCGAACUGCAUACUUGCCUGAUAACAAGGAAGGAAAUGAGGUUUUGCAUCUGCUUCGUAGGGCCUUUGACCAAAAACUGAUUUUCACAGUGGGACACUCUCGAGUAUUAGGAGUCUCAGGUGUCAUUACGUGGAAUGAUAUCCACCACAAAACGUCCAAGUUUGGGGGACCAGAAAGGUAUGGCUACCCUGAUCCUGACUACCUGAAACGUGUCAAACAGGAGCUGAAAGAUAAAGGAAUUGAGUAAGAAGAGUAUUAUUGGAAGGAUAAAUUGAGCCAAGCUUGCAAAAGGCACAGUUGAAGAAGCAGAGUAAAUUCUAAUCUAAAUCCUUAUGUAAAAACACCUUGAAAAUUGUUUCAUCUCAAGAAGUGGUUUGUGGGGAAUUCCCUGGCAGUGCAGGGGUUAGGACGCCAAGCGCUUCCACUGAAGGGGGCACAGGUUCGAUCCCGAGGUUGGGGAACUAAAAUCCUGGCUGCACAGCCAGAAAAAAAAAAAAAAAAAAAAAGGAAGUGCUUUGUGUAAGAGUAAGAAUCUGCUGGUCUGUCAUUUCUGGGUUGUUAACAUUUUCUAGAAGAUAAAAGCCCCGGAGAUCUGUGUAAUCUUGCUGCAGAGGUAGUGUGCCUCAUUCUCCUGUCAUCCUUGUGGAGGCUAGAGGGGUGGAGUGCUGUGGAUCUGAAAUCAUCUUCUGAGUUGUUCGACUGAAGUACCAGCUGUCAGUGGACCCUCCUUUUAUUGCCAUCUCUAGGGUAGUCCCUCAAUUUUGUCUGUUUGCUCUUUGAUCCCUACCCUAAAAGUAAAACCCUAAUGUGAAGGGUGGUCGGGUGGGAGGAGGGCUUUGGUUAUGGAAAAUUAGAGACCUAUGUUAACCUCCCUGCCCCAUGGCCAGAGGAGUGGCCAGGACAGAGAAUGAGCAACCUUGGUAAUAAAGGGAAUAAGGCUAUUAUUUUUGACAACACAGCGCCUGGUGAACAGUUGGUGCUGAAUAAAUGUUUGCUGCCUGACUCAAGUUGCUAGUAACCCCGCAGAGAAACAUGUUCCCUAAAUCUUUGGCAGAGGCAGGUGUAAGGAAGACAGCUCUGGAGUCCUCACCACUUAUUUGGGAAACAGAAUUUCUUACUCCAGAACUCAUGACCUCUGAACUCUGACCGGCCUCUAACUUUGUCCUUGCUCCCUGCUGAUUCUUAUAACCUGCCAUAUGGUGUGCAUUUCCCCUGCCCUAGUAAUGCUACCCAUCUCUGAACAUUUUUCCCUCUGGAUAUUAUUGUACUUUUAUGUAUACCCCGCUUGCAGUUUUAACAGAUAAAUCACAGGAAUCACCAGAGACUCAUUUUCUCAUGA